UAGGAGAGAGCAGCGAUGUCUCUUAAGAACCGUGGUAUGGGUGAGGGGCGGGGCUUAGGCUAUGCGCCAGCAGGGUACUGGGGCCCCUACUCCCGCCCCUCCCCUCAGCUCCAGCCGAACUCUAGCCCUAGCUUCCUUUGACCCCAGCCCCUUUAUAAUCUCCCUCGGGCCCCUACAUAAUCCGUCUUCCCCUCCUCCCCCAUUGGAGCACCGCCCUGCCCGCGGGAAGGAAAAGAGUGGGGGAGGAGAAUGUGAAACAAGACUUGAAUCCUCUCAGCACCCGUAGCUCGGGACUGUGGGAUGCCGGUCCCGAGUGUGGCGACUUUUCCGGGGCUGCCUUGGGCCUCGAGGCAGGCAGGGUCCCGUGAACUUCGCGCGCGCUGACCCUCCCGCGAGCCUGAGGGCGGAGCCGGAGUCACCGACGCCGCUGCAGCCGCCAUGGCUGACUACUGGAAAUCACAACCAAAGAAAUUCUGUGAUUAUUGCAAAUGCUGGAUAGCAGACAAUAGGCCUAGUGUUGAAUUUCAUGAGCGAGGAAAGAACCAUAAGGAAAAUGUGGCCAAAAGAAUCAGUGAGAUUAAACAGAAAAGCCUAGAAAAGGCAAAAGAAGAAGAAAAAACAUCAAAGGAGUUUGCAGCAAUGGAGGCAGCUGCCCUUAAAGCAUACCAAGAAGAUUUGAAAAGGCUUGGAAUCAGUUCAGAAGUUACAGAAUCUAACACGCCACAAGUAACCAACACUGCCCCAUCCAUCUCAGUAUCAAGUCAGAAGAAGGAAAAGAAAAAGAGAAAAAAAGACCUUUCUAACAUAAAUGCAGUAGGAGCUGCCAAAUGGGUAGAAGGCAUGUCUUCUGAGGGUUACCGUUACUAUUAUAAUACCAUCACAGGAGAAUCUCAGUGGGAAAAACCUGAAGGAUUCCAAGGAAAAUUCAGUAAGAAAACAGCAAUGCCUCUCUGGAUAGAAGGCUUAAGUGAAGAUGGUUACACCUAUUAUUAUAAUACAGAAACAGGUGAAUCCAAAUGGGAGAAGCCUGAGGAUUUUGUUUCACAAGUUGGAGAUCCCCUUUCUAGUAAUAGUAGCGAAGCACUUGGUACCCCAGCGGAAACAAAGUCAUCUGAUUCAGAUAGUGAUUCCAGUGAAAUACAAGAAACAGAAGAGCAGGAAGAGGAAAAAUCAGAGACCUCUACAGAAGUACAAAAGCCAAAAAUAAAGUUUAGGAAAAGAACUAAAAAUGAUAAUACUGAAGAAACUGAACCUGAAUCAAAGAAGGAAAAAAAUGAUGAAGAUCAGGAACAAGACUCAUCAGGUUUAGUAGAAGAAAAACCCAAAUCUCCUAAGAAGCCAAACCCUUAUGGGGAAUGGAAAGAAAUUAAGGAAGAAGAUAAUCACUAUGAGAAGGUGGAUUUGGAACUUCCGAAUACAGAGAAUGAGUACAUAGGAGCUCCAGUUGCUGACAUGAGUGGAGACCCAAAAGUGACAUUUAAAGAAAAAACAGUCACUUCUCUUGGAGAUGUGGCAGAAGGAGUAGCCUCAGUCUUCAAAAAGAGAAGAUUUGAUAAUGGAAAAUCUAGAAAUUUAAGGCAAAGAGGAGGUGAUCAAUAAUUGUAAUUUUAUAAUAAAAAGCAGUGUCUGACCUCUUUUGGACCUUUUUGGACAGGAAGAGCCUCUAACUCUGUAAACUAUUUUUUGUUCGCUUUUAAUGAUUUAGAUACUAAGAAUGUAGACUUAUUCUUAACUGUACUAGAAUGUGAAUUGUAAUAAAUAUUUUUUAUUUUUAUGUGAA